AUCAUCGAUGCAUCUUCAAGUCAAGGCAAUAAUCCCGUUCAUUUUGAAGUACGAGUAUCGGUGAACUGUUCUUGCUGUUGGUUUCGUCAGGCAAGAUGCAAAACCCAGAUGAGGACACAGAAUGGAAUGAUGUUCUUCGUGCGAAGGGCAUCUUGCCUCCUAAGAAGGAAGCGGAGGUAACCGAGGAUCAGUUGACUGAGCUCCUGGAGGCGACAAUAAAACAGAAAACCGGAGAGAAGGCUUUGGAGGACAUGACAUUGGAUGAGCUAGAUGAGUUGGAGGAUGAUGAAGACGAACGGGUGCUAUUGGACUACAGACAGAAACGGCUGGCGGAGAUGCGGUUAUUGUCACAGCAAGCCCGGUUUGGAUCUGUAUCGGAAAUCACAGCGCAUGAGUAUGUACAGGAAGUGAACAAGGCUGGAAAAGGUGUCUAUGUUGUCCUGCAUCUGUACAAGCAGGGACUGCCCCUAUGUGCCUUGAUAAACAAACACAUCACAGAGCUAGCAGGCAAAUUUCCAGCAACCAAGUUUAUCCGCAGCAUAUCGACUACGUGCAUUCCGAAUUAUCCCGAUCACAACCUGCCCACGAUCUUUGUUUACUUUGAGGGCGACAUGAAGGGCCAAAUGGCUGGUCCAAUCGUCUUCGGUGGCAUGAACUUGACAAGAGAUGAGCUGGAAUGGAAGCUGAAUGGAUAUGGAGCAGUGAAGACUACACUGGAAGAAAAUCCACUGAAGAAACGGCAAAUCCACGACGUGAUGGAGGCGUCCCUACGGAGAGGUGCUGACUCAGACUCGGACUAGUGGCAUCUUAAUCUUUUUUAACAACUUCUUCUAUUUUAUUUUAUUUUAUAGGGCUUUUGAUUUUAUUAGCUUACUCCGGAGAAACCCACUCUCUCUCUCUCUCUCUCUCUCUCUCAUCCAGCCUGCGUUUGCUUGGAAUGUGUUGUCCGAACGCUCGCCACUUGAAACUGGUUCAGUGACGCAAGGGGCCGAGACCGCACCAUAGUCUGUCAGAUGGUCCCUGCACUCGCCCAUUUGUGUAGGGAAAGCAAAAGAACAAUCUGGGACUUCGAGCUGUCACACAUAGCGCAAUUUUGAGCGUUCUCGUGGUGUUUACCCUCUCGUCCUGACUGCGUGGCUAGGCCACAAAGCACCCUGAUGUGAGCACCCAACUUACUUGCCAUGAGCAUACGUACUGCACAGUGCCUGCCGUCCAUACAGUGAAAUCAGCUAUCCACAUGACUACCUCCCCCCCCCCGGCUGUGGCCUGUUGCAACGUUGGGAUAAUUUGUGUUCUUGAUACGGGUAGAGUAGAGCCGUCCGCUAUGCUGUGCAUUUCUGCUUUAUUCAUGGUGUUUCACAAAUGCAGUACAUGUAAACGUAUGAGCUAGGACUUUCACUAA